AUGUCGCAAACCGUCGUCUCCAAGGGCAUAUUCCAUGGUCUUCCAACCUUCCCAGAUUACGAAGGGAAGAAAUUGCGGAUCAUUGUGACCGGAGCAAAUGGCAUCUCCGGCUCGGCAAUGACCAAGGUGCUGACUGAGGCUCCAGAGAGAUGGGAGAAGAUUUAUGCUCUGUCACGUCGUCCGCCAUCGGGCCAGACUGCCCCCAAUGUCGAGCAUAUCGCGGUGGAUUUCUUGCAGAGCACCCCAGAACAAAUCGGCCAGACCCUGAGGGACAAUGGAGUUGAAGCGGAAUAUGUGUAUUUUGCCUCAUACGUUCAACCACCUCCCCUUGAAGGCCAAAGCUUGUGGAGUGAUGUUGAAGAAACAACCAAGCAGAACGUGGCCUUGUUGUCUAACUUUUUGGGUGCCCUACCCUUGGCGAACAUAGCCCCAAAGCGUAUCUUGCUCCAGACCGGUGCAAAGUACUAUGGCUUGCACCUUGGGCCAACACCGAUACCGAUGGAAGAAGAAGAUGCUCGUCAUGGAAGCCAGGGAAACUUUUACUUCCCACAGGAAGAUCUAUUAGAGGAAUUUUGCCAAAUCACCAACUCCAGCUGGGUGGUUACUCGUCCAUGCUUUAUUCUUGGCGCCGUUGAAAGUGCAGCCAUGAACAUCCUGUGGCCCUUGUCAAUCUAUGCGGCUGUUCAGGCUCAUCUGGGACUUCCCCUGGAGUUUCCAGGAGAUGUGGCAGCAUGGGACGUCGUCAAACAACAGUCGAUGUCCACCUUGAUUGCAUACCAUGCUGAAUGGGCAGUUUUGACGCCCGAGGCCGGUAAUCAGGCGCUCAACCAGUGCGAUGACAGUGCCUUUGCAUGGGGAAAGUUCUGGCCAACGCUCGCUAACUGGUACCAAACAUCUGCAGGUCGACCAGCACCCAACGCAGAUGCAUAUGCAACCAUCACCAUGCCUCAUCCUGUUCCGCCUCGAGGAUUUGGAGGACCAGGGCUUGUGAAAGCGUCGUUUAGUUUUCUUGAGUGGAGCAAAAAGCCCGAGGUGUUGAAAGCAUGGGAGGAAUUGAAAGUGAAGCAUGGACUCAAGUAUAGUCCCUUUGGCGACAAAGCCAUGGAUACAUUUGGACUCAUCGACGGCGAGCUUCUUGGCGGAUGGGGUCGAGUUCUCAGCAUGGAUCGCAAUCGCAAAUUGGGAUGGCACGGCUUCGUGAGUACCAAGGAGGCCAUCAAACAGGUAAUCACUGAGAUGGCCGACCUCAAGAUGGUUCCCCCCAUGCUCGCGUAG